CUGUUCCCCUCCAUCCACCUCCCUUUGGCCUACAUCUUGUCUCUUUAGUGCCCAUUUCUUCCCGCUGCAUUCAUCUGGUUCAAUUGAAGAACGAAAAUCUGGAGUCUGCUUCUCAGGUUUGUCCGUUCGCCACCAUCAAAGUACAUUUCUGGCGGAGCACAGCAUAGUCAAUUGUUGACAUACAAUCUGCCCCUUGUGAUAUUCCCAAUUGCAUCAAAGCGCGAUUGCGGUUCUUUUCACAAUGGCGCCACAAUCGGAUGCAUCUUCUGUAUCGCCUCUCCCCACAACAGCCCCUUCCUCUCCACCCGAACUCAACGAUGACGACGAAGUCGAAUUCCUCUCGAAAGAAGACCAGCGGCUUCACGAACUAGACAAGCAAGCCAGAAUUGAGCUUGCGAAAGCGGAGGCUAAGGCAGCAAAGGAGAAGAAUACAGCGUUGAAGAAGAAGUUGAGACAACAAGAGAGCGAUGAGGAACGCAGAAGGAAGGAGCAGAACCUUGAGGACCUUCUUAAGAAGAGUGAAGCAUUUAGCAACCGAUUGACUGGCAAGACAAAUGUGCUUGGGCGCGUGGGAAGUUCCCUCGACGGCGCAGCACUUGGAGAGCAUGAUCUGGUUAUGGCUACCCAGCCCAAAUGUAUGAUUGGAGGUACAAUGCGGGAUUAUCAAUUGGAAGGACUUACAUGGAUGCUGGAGAUUUGUACACAAGGAAUGUCCGGAAUUUUGGCAGACGAGAUGGGUUUGGGGAAGACGAUACAAACCAUUUCCCUUAUUGCGCAUUUAAGAGAGGCAGAGAAUUAUCUUGGACCGCAUCUUAUCGUUGCACCCCUUAGUACACUGUCGAAUUGGAUCGAGGAAUUCCAGAAAUGGGUUCCGAGCGUUCCGGUGCUUCUCUACCAUGGCACAAAACCAGAGAGGAAGAAGAAGUUUGAGAAGGAGAUGAUGAAGCAUAUCACAAAUGGCCGAGUUACCACCAAGUUUCCUGUCGUGUGUACUAGUCCUGAAAUGGUACUUAUGGAUCAGGCGGAUCUAACCAAGAUUAAUUGGGAGUUUAUUAUUAUUGUGAUUAAACACGUACCAAUAUUCUAUCUCAUUAUGCUAACUAAUCUUCUUCUAGGACGAGGGUCAUCGUAUGAAGAACUCUGAGGCAAAACUUUUCAAGGUUCUGAAAACUUUUCGUUCCGCCACUCGACUCCUCAUCACUGGAACUCCAUUGCAAAAUAAUCUCAAGGAGCUCUGGUCACUUUUAAACUUCAUAUUACCAGACAUUUUUGCCUAUUGGGAGCAAUUCGAAAGUUGGUUUGAUUUCUCAGAUUUGCAAGACGAGGAAAGAACGCAAGAAUUCAUCCAAGACAAGAAGAAGGCGGAACUUGUUCGAAAACUUCAUGUUAUAUUGAGACCACUGCUUCUUCGUCGUAUCAAAGCUGACGUAGAACACCUGCUACCAAGAAAGCGGGAAUAUAUUUUAUAUGCUCCGAUGACGAAAGAUCAAACAGAGCUUUAUAAUGCCAUUGCUGACAAAAAGGCCGAUACCCGGAAGUUUCUGGAAGACAAAAUCGUUGAAAGACUUGUUGCUGCCAAGAUAAAAGCACAAGCUGUGAUCUCCAAAUCUGGCAAGAAGGCUACUUCAAAAUUACUCCCGAAGGAAGAGGACAGCAGCGAUGAGGAUCAACCCCUUGCUCUACGGGUUCGUGCUCCGGUGGCUGCCCAGCCUAAGAAUGCUUUCCAGUUCAUGAUGAAGAAUAAAUCAGCCUCGAGUAGCAGAGUAAGCUCGGUAUCAGCACCCAAGAAACGAAAACAGCAGUCUUCUCUCGAAACUCCGGAUGCCAAAUCUGCAAAAUUGAGCAGACAAUCCACGCCCGCUAGCAGCAUUCGGGGCAGCAAGUCGAGAGGUCGAAGGAUAUAUACUGAGGCUUACUCAUCUGAUGACGAUGCAUUGAGUGAUGAUGAAUUUGAGAGUAAACUUGCUCAAGAAAUGGCCGAUAGGGAACAUGAGAAGAAGAACGCCAGAGGUGUGAAAAUCACUGACGGGGAAAAGGAAAUGGCGGAGAUGGCAGAUAUUGCUCGUAAGCCUUUUUCUUCAACAUUUUAUCCAUACCGAGCUAACUGAUCUCUGCAGGAAAGGAAGUCGCCGGCAAGAAGCUCGGUAACCCCAUUAUGCAGCUUCGACUAACUUGCAACUCCCCACACAAUUUCUACAACCCCUGGGCUGGAGACCUACAGGUUGAUGAGACGCUUGUCACAUCUUCCGGCAAAAUGCUUCUUCUCGAUCGACUGUUAAAAUCACUCUUCGAACGUAAUCACAAGGUUCUCGUUUUCUCGCAAUUCAAAACUCAAAUCGAUCUACUUGAAGAUUAUGCGAGGGAUCUCAGGGGCUGGAAUGUCUGCCGCAUCGAUGGCUCAGUAGCGCAAGAUGACCGUCGACAACAGAUUAAGGAAUUCAACGAGAACCCUGAUUUCAAGCUCUUUUUGUUGUCCACGCGUGCCGGUGGUCAAGGUAUCAAUCUUGCCAGCGCUGAUACAGUCAUCCUCUUCGACAGCGAUUGGAACCCCCAACAAGAUCUCCAAGCCCAAGACCGUGCUCAUCGUAUCGGACAGAAGAACCCAGUCGUCAUCUUCCGUCUUGCGACUAGAAAUACCGUCGAAGAAGGUCUUCUUCGUUCUGCGCAGGCCAAGCGAAGACUGGAAAAGGCUGCCGUCAAGAAGGGUGGUUACAAGGAUAUGGGUAAUAUCAAUAUCUCCAAGAAUGAAGGUCUUGGUAUGGAAGACUUUCAAGAUCUUUUGUUGAAGGAUGGGAUGGUAUUUCAAGGCAGCGGACAGACGACGGAGAAUUUACUAAGCGAAUCAGAUUUGGAUAUGCUUUGUGAUAGGAGCGAUGCUGCUUAUGAGAACGCGGCGAAGGGACUUGGUGAUACGGAGCUUUUCAAGGUCUUUGAGACGAAGGCUGAUGGGUUUACUGAUGUCAUGGGGGACGGAGCUGUUGAGGAUUCUGGGGAAUCGAAGACGGGGUAGUAGUAAGGGGAUAUCGAAGUGAGAGGAAUGUAUUGUAAGUGUUUUUGUAGUACUGUUAAAUGGGGUAUGGUGUUGGUUUAUGAUGCUAGGGAUGGCUGGAUCUUUGUGGCGCUAGGGGUUGCUGGCUUUGAUGUUGUUUUGCGAGGUUAUCAGUUGUUCUGAAGCUGUGAAUAAUAUGUAUAUUAAAUGCGCAAAGAGAAAGGGC